UGCCUGCAGCUACAGUGCACUUUGGUUUGACGUGCACCUGAUUUCCUCCUUUGAUGGCUGGUCACACCGAUUCUUCUAGACUAGCAGCCACUUCUCUGAGGGGUUUGUCGCCGGUGCUUUGAGGUUGAGAGGGAACAGAGCAGUGAAAAUUCUUUCUGGGUGAGUGGAAGGUUUUCAGCGAUGAGAAAGGGAAGACUUAAAAGUUGAAGGGAAGAGCAGCCUUCUCUGGUCCCCCACGCUUCCCGUCGCCCCUACUCCACACGCGUGACCUCCUUUGGAGACCCCAGGUGGCACAUCAGUAUUUGAUCUGCUCCUCUCCUGCGCGCUGCGAGCGUUGGGCGGCGGGGCUGGCCACACACCACCCAGCUGCUGAAGCCCGCACCCAGCGCCACAGGCAGCUUCGGAAGGACCAUCUCCGUGCUUGCCCCCUCCUCGGGCUGCUUGUUUCUGGGGGGGAGGGGGAGCCCCCAGGGCGAGGCGCCCACCAUGCUGAACUGCCCGAGGCUAGCGCUGCUCUGCGCGCUGCCCUGGCUCCUGCGGGCGGCGGUCCCUGGCCACCAGGCAGAAGCCCUCGCGCAUUCGGCAGAGCUGCGCCGCGAUCCGCGCGACCCCGCCAGGGGAGCCGAUUUCGAUCGCGUCUACAGCGGGGUGGUGAGCCUCAGCACCGAGAACAUCUACUCCUUCAACUACACCAGCCAUCCUGGUCAGGUAACGGCCGUGCGGGUCCAUGUCAAUAGUUCCUCUGACAACCUGGACUACCCAGUCCUGGUUGUGGUUCGCCAGCAGAAAGAAGUGUUGUCCUGGCAGGUCCCUCUGCUCUUCCAAGGACUAUACCAAAGGAGCUACAACUACCAGGAAGUCAGCCGCACUCUAUGUCCUUCAAAAGCAACCAAUGAAACCGGCCCUUUGGAGCAGUUGAUCUUUGUGGAUGUAGCAUCCAUGGCUCCCCACGGUGCCCACUACAAGCUGCUGGUCACCAAAAUCAAGCACUUCCAGCUCCGGACGAAUGUUGCCUUCUACUUCACUGCCAGCCCCUCUCAACCUCAGUAUUUUCUGUACAAAUUUCCUGAAGAUGUGGACUCUGUUAUCAUUAAAGUGGUGUCUGAGAAGGCUUAUCCGUGUUCAGUUGUCUCCGUUCAGAACAUCAUGUGUCCAGUGUAUGAUCUGGACCACAAUGUGGAAUUCAAUGGUGUCUAUCAGUCCAUGACCAAGCAAGCUGCCAUCACGCUACAGAAGAAGGAUUUUCCAGAUGAGCAGUUCUUCGUGGUAUUUGUGAUAAAACCUGAAGAUUAUGCCUGUGGCGGAUCGUUCUCCAUCCAGGAAAAUGAAAACCAAACGUGGAAUCUACAAAGAUCAAAGAACCUGAAAGUGACCAUUGUCCCAUCCAUCAAAGAAUCUGUGUAUGUGAAAUCCAGUCUUUUCAGUGUAUUCGUUUUCUUGUCCUUCUACUUGGGAUGCCUGCUCGUUGUGCUUGUCCAUCAUGUGAGGUUUCAGAGGAAAUCAAUUGAUGGAAGCUUCGGCUCCAGUGAUGAUGAGUCGAGUUCCAGUCCUGGAAGGCAGAUGUCUUCUUCCGAUGGUGGGCAGCCAUGCCACUCAGACACAGACAGCUCUGUAGAGGAGAGUGACUUCGACACUAUGCCAGACAUUGAAAGUGACAAAAACGUCAUCCGGACCAAGAUGUUCUUGUACCUGUCAGAUCUAUCCAGGAAGGACCGGAGGAUUGUCAGCAAAAAGUAUAAGAUUUAUUUCUGGAACAUCAUCACCAUCGCUGUGUUUUAUGCACUGCCUGUGAUGCAGCUCGUCAUCACCUACCAGACGGUGGUAAAUGUCACUGGCAACCAGGAUAUCUGUUACUACAACUUCCUCUGUGCUCACCCCUUGGGCGUCCUGAGCGCCUUCAAUAAUAUUCUCAGUAACCUGGGCCACAUACUCCUGGGCUUCCUCUUCCUGCUGAUAGUGCUGCGCCGGGACCUUCUCCACCGAAGAGCCCUGGAAGCUAAAGACAUCUUUGCUAUGGAGUAUGGUAUUCCCAAACACUUUGGUCUCUUCUAUGCUAUGGGGAUCGCACUGAUGAUGGAAGGCGUACUCAGUGCUUGUUACCAUGUCUGCCCGAAUUACUCCAAUUUCCAAUUUGACACUUCUUUCAUGUACAUGAUCGCUGGCCUCUGCAUGCUGAAACUCUAUCAGACCCGCCACCCAGACAUCAAUGCCAGUGCCUACUCUGCCUACGCCUCCUUCGCUGUGGUCAUCACACUGACGGUCCUCGGAGUGAUGUUUGGAAAAAAUGAUGUGUGGUUCUGGAUCAUCUUCUCUGCCAUCCACAUUCUUGCUUCCCUGGCCCUCAGCACCCAAAUCUACUACAUGGGCCGUUUCAAGAUAGAUGUGUCUGACACAGAUCUGGGAAUCUUCCGGCGGGCUGCCAUGGUGUUCUACACGGACUGCAUCCAGCAAUGCAGCAGACCUCUGUAUAUGGACAGGAUGGUGUUGCUCAUUGUGGGAAAUCUGGUUAACUGGUCCUUUGCCUUCUUUGGAUUGAUCUACCGGCCCAGGGACUUUGCCUCCUACAUGCUGGGCAUCUUCAUCUGCAACCUGCUGCUGUAUUUGGCUUUCUACAUCAUCAUGAAGCUUCGAAGCUCUGAGAAGGUCCUCCCCCUACCAGUCUUCUGCAUCGUGGCCACUGCCGUGGUGUGGGCUUCAGCCCUGUACUUUUUCUUCCAGAACCUCAGCAGCUGGGAGGGAACCCCAGCAGAAUCCCGGGAGAAGAACCGAGAGUGUGUCCUGCUGGAUUUCUUUGAUGACCAUGACAUCUGGCACUUCCUCUCUGCUACGGCCUUGUUUUUCUCAUUCCUGGUGUUGUUGACCCUGGAUGAUGACCUGGAUGUAGUCCGCAGAGACCAGAUCCCCGUCUUCUGAGCCCCCAGCGUCACAGGGGGAAGAGGGAGCAAUUCAUCUUGGUGCUGUUCUGUGGAAAAUACAGUGAGUGCAGCAACUUGCCCACUGCUAGACACUCCCCCUGCCUCGGGGGAGCCAGCCAACACACAAAGGGCUUGGGGCUGAGCUCAACCUCAAGAGGUAUAGUAGAAGGGAUGCCCUGCUGUGCACAGAGACUGGGAGGCUCAGGAACUUCUGUUUGCAAUUUAGAGUUCAGUCUAGACACAAGCUGCAUCAGGCCAGCUUACACGCCUAGCCCCUCCCAUCCUCACUGAGAUUGGCCAGAGAAAGCAGCUCUUCAGACCUCCCACCUAGAACCUUCAGUGUGGCCUACCUACACACCUCUGAGACACCUGCUGCUAUAGAAGGCCAAAGCACCAUUUCAUAAUCCCCUGACCCUCAGAGGACCACAUUCCUCACAAUACGGUGCAGAAGUGGAACCAAGUCCCCACCCAACUGGAGACAGACGUUCUAGUAACUCAAGCUAAGUCACCUCUUCAGAAGGAACGCCUGAAUUCCUGGCAUCGCUGGAAAUGCUCUGGAUGGGACUUAGACAUGCACACUCCUGAACAGAUCACCUUUGUGGAUCCAAGGCCUGGGUUGUCACCUAGUUGUUCGUGUCUUCAUCUCACCGGUGGUUGGAUGCUGACUCAGCACUCCGGUGGUGCUGCCUUCUUAGAAGGUCCCUCUUUCUACAUAGACUUUGAAUGGCUCCACAAUGGACACAUACGGAGAAAAUGCUUUCUAAAGCAGGAGAAGUGAUGGAUAGUGCUUAGCGGCUGAGCAUCAGACAGGCAGCAUUCACCUUAGUGACUCUGAGUCCUAGAGCAAAUUCAACAAAGCAACCGGGCUUGGUGGUCUCCAGACGCACACUUCAGUCUGUGCCCAUACAGCUUUUUCGUGGAAAUAAGUGCUCCCAGCAGCAUUACCCUCCACAAGUGAACCUGUCACUUAUGUAGAUCAGGGUUCCAGACUGCCUGCACCAAGUUCUCAGCAGUAACUCAGGAUGGGCACGUGCUCCUCCCCUCACCUCUGGUUGAGUCCCUAAGGUCAUGGCUAAUCCAGUCACUUGUUACUGUAUCCUAUUCUCACACUGUCCCCAGGAGGAUGUGAAAAAGUGCAGUGUUCUCGCCUCCUUCUUCUCUUGUGUCAUCUGGCUAACCCUGGGAGAAGCCCCAUUCUGACCAGGUUUCCUGGUUGUGUGGAGUGUGAUGUCAUCAGAAAAUAGAUAUAUAAGUGUGUGCACACUUGUGGACUUGCUUGUGAAAUUGAAGUCCCUCCUCACCUGUGCUUGCUUGAACAUUUAGUAAGGAAAUGGAUCAGGCAGUCUUCUUUUUUAAAAAACUGUCUUUCUUCCUUUCAAAUAUCUGUGUUCAAAUAUGUGCUUUGGACAUUUGAACAGCAAGCUUUUCCUGGUUUUAAAAAUACAAAGAUAAUUUCCAUGAAUAA